CAUUUAGAGAAGUGAACAGUUCCUGGUUUACCAGUGAAGAAGAAAGAGAGGCAGCGUUAAACCAUCAGAUCCUCCAACAUGAACGUCUGUCAGUCUCUGAUCUGCUUCUUCUUCCUCACACUGCAGGAUGGAAACAUUGGUCUCAUCAAUGCAGAAAUCAUCAAGAGUACAGGAACUGAAGGAGGAAACAUCACAGUUAGAUGCUCCUUCACUUUAUCUGGAAAAAGGAGGAUCUUCUGUAAGGAUGAAUGUAAAGAUGGAGACAUUCUCAUUGAGACAGAAGAGGACACAGCCCAGAGAGGCAGAUACAGCAUCAGAUAUAUAGAAGGAAGUUUUCUUCUAUCUGGUACAGUUCUGUAUGUGAGCAUCACAAACCUGACUCAUUCUGACUCAGGACGGUACAGAUGUGGUUUGGUCAGAUCUUUCCCAUUCUCACCAUCAUACCAGGAGUUUGAGAUCCGAGUUACAGAUGCUCCAACCUCUCCUCUCAGACCUUCUUCACCAUCAGUCCCAACAGCCUCCACACUGAUGACAUCACAGAGUUUAAGCUCCACACCUUCAUCAGCCUCCCCUGAAGCCAGCAAGCAGCCUCGACAGAAACACACAACACCAGCUGCACCUGAAGCUCCAGGGCUGGUGCUGUAUGUGCGUCUCCCUCUGGUCGUCUUGGUCAUCGUAUUAUCAGUGGCUGCUCUGAUUUUCUACAGGAAGAGGGCCAGGAAACCCAACGAACCUCAUCUGGAAACUGAGUACUCUAAUGUCACAGAGGCCAACCGAGUGAAUGAGGAGAUCAGAGAGGACAGUCAGAGCACAUCUCCUCCUGUAGAAGUGUCUACAGUUUACAUUUUCCCACUGAAGCCAGUUCUCAGAAGAAAGAGGAAGUCAUCACACUGA